AUGGACUCAGAACCUCCGUUUGAAGUGGCUUACAAGUCCCUCCUGGUCAUAGAAGAGAACUCUAAAGAAGUAAAACUCAAGAGCAAUGUAGUUGAAGAGGAGUGCCAGCUCCCUGUAAUCGAUCUCAGCCGUUUACAUGGAAGUAGUGAAGCUGAGAAAGAAGAGUGUAAGAGAGAGAGAGUUAGGGCUUCAGUAGAGUGGGGUUUCUUUCAAGCUGUGAACCAUGGAAAAUCUCAGGAGGUUCUGAAGAGGUUGUGGCGAGAGCAGGUGAAGUUAUUCCGGCAGCCGUUCAAACACAAGGUCGGCAUUGGCAGCGGGGGGAAGGUUUCAGGUGUACCGGGUGGUAGCUACUUGUGGGGGACUCCAACGGCAACAUGUUUGAAGCAGUUCUCUUGGACCGAGGCUUUUCAUAUUCCUCUUGCUGAUGUUUCCAAGUCUGUUAACACCAACAGUACUCUCAGGUACGCGUUCACUUAUUCUUUUUAUUUCCCCAAACUGAUUUGA